GAUCGAGAACUUCAGAAGAUGAGUCCAACAAUAUACCUAAGCUGCCUGGUGGUCAUCAUCGGAAGCUUCGCGUGGACAGUCCAAGGAAGCUUUGAUUCUGAUAGUGCUCAUGUGGUUAAUGCCUACAGAAAUGCUUCUCCAGAUUCCGUCAGGGACAGCAAUGUCCAUCUCCUAGUGACUUUUCUCGCCAAGUACGGCGAUCAGAUCCAGUUAACCCCCGAACAACGAACCCGAGCUAAUGAUAUUGUCAGACAAUACAAUGCGGAGAAGGCCAACCAACCGUUGGUGGAAGGAGUGCCAGCUCAGGGCGGUUGGUUAACGAAACUUGUCAAGGCGAUCGUCAUACAAUUGGGCAUCGAACUCGCCUCUGAGGGAAUUAAAAAAGCUACGGGAGCUAAGGACUAG